AAACUACUCUAGACACCCCAGACGAGUGUUGCUAUCGCCGAAGUGUUUAAGAAGAUUACUCUUAGUUUGAAAUAUUCCAUUUGGUAUUUCCGUUUUCUUUUUUUCCUCUUUUUUUAUCUUUUGGUGAUAUCGCGGAAAAAAAACGUUUGAUAAUAUCGCGUGUGGGACGUAACAAAUAUACAUAUAUGGUAUAAAAAUAUAGGAUUUUAUUCCAAAUAUGUAAGAUGAGAAGAUCAUUUUUCAACAGCCUAAUAAAAUUCAAUAUAUAAAAGUGUAAAAGUGCAUAUGUGUAUAAUUAUAUAGUAGCAUCAUGACAGUUAUCAAGUGUUUAUUAGGAGUAACUUUACUAUUUGUCACAAGUCAGAGCGUUCAUCAUGAAGAUAAUGAAGUAGUGGAAGAAUAUCAAGAAAAUCCAUAUCGCCUACCAAAACAUGUUGUGCCCACUCAUUACAACAUAAAAUUAAUACCGCAUAUCGUGGAAGGUAAUUUCACCUUUAAUGGCGAAACGAGUAUUGACAUCGAAGUGCACAAAAUGACAAAUUCCAUCGCAUUGCACACUGUGCUACUCACAAUAGACGAAUCAUUAACAAGAUUGACCGGCGGAAACGGAAACGCCGUAGAUAAUUAUAUUCCAAGACAGCAUGAUUACAACAAUGAAACAAACAUUUUGACUAUACAAUUUGAAGAGUUAUUAUAUCCUGGAACUUACACACUAUACCUUAAGUAUGUGGGUGUACUCAUAGAUUAUAAUGGAUUUUACAAGAGUUUCUACAUGAUAAACAAUGAUAGAAACAUAGUAUGGGUAGCAGCUACGCAUUUCCAACCUGUCACUGCGCGACAAGCGUUUCCGUGCUGGGACGAACCCGCCAUAAAAGCAACCUUCAAAUUUUCUAUAAAGCAUUAUCCUAAUUAUGUAGCAUUAUCAAAUAUGCCAUCCACGCGAUCGAAUGUCGAUGAGGCCGAUGGAAAAGUAUGGACAUACUUCGAGACAACACCUAUCAUGUCGACAAAUAUACUGGGUUUCGUGAUCGCCAAUUAUGAUUAUAUCUCAAAUUUAGAUGGUACCAUCAAAAUAUGGGGCCCAAAGCACCUUCUUCAACACGCUGCGUAUCCUUUAGAUAUUGCCGAGAAGGCAACGCAAGAGCUCGAAAAAUUUACUAACAGCACCACUCGAAUGCCAAAGAUGGAUCACAUCGCCAUUCCCGUAUAUACAAGCCGAGCCACUGAAAACUGGGGCAUGAUCACUUACUUAGACCGUGUACUUCUUCAAGAUUAUAACUCGUCUUCAAUCGAAAACAAAGUGUAUAACACCAUGACAAUCACGCACGAGAUAGCGCAUCAAUGGUUUGGAAAUCUAGUUAGUCCGGCUUGGUGGGAUUAUCUUUGGUUGAGCGAAGGCAUGGCAACCUAUUUAAAAUUCUACAUUACUGACAAGUUUCUCAAAGAAUGGCGAUUAAUGGACUGGUAUGUGUUGCAUGAUAUACUAUUCUUGCUUCGCAUAGAUUCUAAUCAUUUCAACAAGCCGAUUAACAUAAAUAUAACUAGUCAUUCAGACGUUCGGAAAGCAUAUUCACCUACUCAUACAUAUACGAAACCUAGUAUCUUAUUACGAAUGUUGUCGCAUUUCUUGAGGGAAGAUGUGUUCCAAAACGGUUUAAUAAAAUACCUUCAAGCGCAUGAAUACAGUAGUGUCACACCAGACAAUUUAUGGAAAGCAUUACAAGACGCUCUCGAUGAAUCAGACGUACCACAUGAUGAUUUUAAUGUAAAAGAAGUAAUGGAUACUUGGUUUAGUCAAGCAGGUUAUCCUAUUGUAACGAUCAAUCGAGAUUAUACUACAGGUGAGAUCAAGGUUACGCAAGAAAAAUUUCUAGUUCCAACGCCUAAUAAUACCGAGAGCAAUAGCACAUGGUGGAUUCCAAUAAACUUUGCAACACAAAGCAAUUUGAAUUUUUCGUCAACGUUAGCCAGUCACUGGCUAAAGCCAAAGAUCGAGAGUAUAAUGAUCGAAGCAGUAGACAUUAACGACUGGAUUAUUGUAAACAAACACUUAACAGGUUUUUAUCGCGUAAAUUACGAUAUAACCAAUUGGAAGCGAAUUGCUAUUUUUCUUAAUUCUGACGAUUACGUCAAGAUUCCAGUUCUGAAUCGUCUCCAAAUUAUCGACGAUGCUUACUAUAUGAUAAAGACCGAACGCCUCGACCCUGUAACUUUUCUAGAAAUUAUCAAUUACACGUGGCGAGAAACUGAUCCUGUUAUAUGGAAGCGAUUAUUCGAGAUUAUUAGUACGUUAAAUGACUUUUUGCUGCAGCCUGAAGCAACUGUAAUCUUUAAGCCAUAUUUAUUCAACUUGAUGAAUAAACUACUUGAAUAUGUGAGUUUCGAUGAGCAACCUAAUGACGAUCCCUUAACUAUACAAGUUAGGAACACCUUCUAUCGCUAUACUUGUGUACAUGGGCAUCCAAAAUGUCAAACAAAAGCUACCACUAAAUUACUUGCAUAUGUGAACAACCCAACUGUAAAUACAAUUCCAUUCAAUCAAGAAAUUAUAUUUUGCAUCGCUUUGACGAAGGCUAAUGAGUCUAUUUGGAAUCAAUUCCUGCAGGCAUCUAAAGAAACUUCAAGCGAUCACUCUUACCUUGGUUGCUCGGAAAAUAUUGACAUUAACAAAAAACAUUUAAAUUCUAUCAUAAUGAAAAAUGUACCAUCUAUGAGAAAUAUUUAUUACAUGUUAUUUGACAAUAUGCUUGUUAAUCUGCAAAAUUUAGAUGCAACAAUUGACUAUUUUAUUAAUAAUUUUGACGAGAUUACCGUAGGUACUAAUGGUGAUAAUUAUAUCCUUAGCCGCAUUAUUUCAGCGUCUGUCACAGAAGAACAAGUCAAAAAGAUAAAAGCACUUAUCGAAUCACAUAAUAUUGAUGAGUAUGUAAGUUCUGAUUUAAUCAAGAAAAGAAAGAGAAUAAGCAAAGUCAGAGAAAAUAUGUCGAAAAUUCUUAGCGCUAUCGGAAACAAUGAAUUAUCUGUCACAUUGUACAAUACAUUAAAUAAUAGUGCAUUACAACCAAAUAUAACCAAUGUUUAGUAAAUAAGUAUAUAAAUAUAAAAAUAUC